UCAUCAAACGCGCUUUUGAUUGGUGACUGAGGCUUGUCGACCUGCAUGAACUAUAACCCGAGGAAAUGGCCGAUUCAGAAAAUACACCGGUCGACUAUAAAAUAAAUAGGAAUAACUGGUUAUUUGAACACCCAGUCUGGUUAGAAAUAGAAUCAUUCAAUUUCAAAAAUUCAAAUCAGCAACGUGUGUCCAUGACAGUUUAUCUUGACCUUUGUGAAGCUAAAGAUUGGUGGUCUAUGAAAGUACAUGGGUGUAGUCAGUUGCAACUUGUUUAUUUGAGUGGAAAAAGUCAACGAAAAGCACCUGUUGAAUACAUUUUACCUCUACCAGCAGACACAGAGCUAAGUCAAGAAAGACUGCAAGAAUUUUUACACCACAUUCCGGCUAAUGUUGAUCACAGCCACAGUAAUGACCAGAAAUCAGUCACCCUUGCAAUAAGCGAUUCUGAUUCAUCUACAGUCUACUACAAAGUGACCAAUGGCAUUGCUUUGCCAGAUGAUGUAAUCGACACAGUUGCAAACAUACCAAUACCAACAGAGGUCGAUAUAUUUUCAGAGAAAGAGUUAUGAUAAAAAAAAUUGAGAUUUUAUUUUAUUAUUGCAUUAUUAUUAACAGUGUAACUGGUGAAUAAUCUUAUAUCGUAACAGUUAUUUCACCAACAACAUUUUCUAACAGGUAUUUUUAGUAUUAACCAAAUACACUCAACACCUGCAUUACUACUGGGUACUGUAAAACUUUUUGCAAACUUUCUUUCUUUCUUUUCCGUUCUGCAAAGUCCCAGCCCUUUAAUAUUGUUGCUAAGGUUCCAUAAAGGCCAACUCAGCUUUGUGCAACACAGCCUGACGCGAUUCAUCGAUGGGGACAGUCUUAAGCCGUCGUGAGCAAUAUUAAACAUGCUUAAUAUUCUAUGACCCGACUGCCCCCCCACGCAGACCAACGCGUCUGCAUUUAACUUACACAGACCCAAUGUGAGAAACAUCGUUGUACGACGCUGUCUGAGUUGGCCUUAAAAUAACAAUGUAAUUUUAAUUAUUUGAGUGUGGGUUACUAAUUGACUAGAUUAAGCAUACAUCAAUCACUGGAAAAAAAUUAUUCAAUCACACUUCCCGUUUCUGUACUUUACUCACAACACUACAAGUCUACAAGUAAAAGAUUUUUGACCUUUUUGAAAAUUAUGAAUUUAACAGAAAUCCCAUAAUAUGGUAAGCCUUUUUCAUUUUAUAUAUAACCAAACAUGUUGAUUAUGACUCAUUUUGUGGGCCUAUCAUUGUUUAUGGUUUGACAUUUUAAUAGUACAGUACCCAUGCUAGGGUUAUAUUAUAGUAGUGGGCCAUUAUUAUGGAUCAACUUUUAAGGUGGGUUUAUUAGAGAAUGGAUG